AUGCUCAUAGAGAAUAAUACUUUGACGCCAAAAGAAUGGCUGUUUGCACAGCUUCGAAUGAAUGAUUCGAAUAUCCGAAUGAGAUUGGCUCAUGAAAACUAUGAUAUUUUUAAUGUUAAUGCACUUAUCGAAAGUAUCAAUACUUUUCUCAGCGUUGAGUCUCUCACAUUAAUAUUUGAUGAGGCGCAAGCCCUAUGUAUAUCCGAAUAUGGAGAAUACAAAGGGAGCUCAGUUCCAAACAAAAAGUGGAAUCUCUUGCAGGCUUAUGUUGAACAUCUUACCCAUCUUCCCGUUACCUGUCUUCUUGCCGGUACUUACAUGCAUAUGUCAAGCGGAAUUUCUCUUGUUACUAGUGUUGGAAAAGACCGAGGUUUGAAGGAUCAUAUUGUGCUAAAGCUUCCCUUCCUUUCACAUAAUGAUGUCCUGCGGAAUCUCAAUGCUGUAAUUGACCUGACAGAUGUCUCGCCCAAAAUUCUUAACUUCUUGGGAUGCCUUCUUAGGGGAAGACCUCGAAACUGUGCAUCAUUUGUUCGGUUGUUGAUAUCAGAGCGGAUUUCAGUUAAUGGAGCGAAAGAUCAAAAAAACCAAGAAAUUAUUAAACUUAUUGAGAAGUGGUAUAAAAAGAUUUGCGCGGACAUGGCAGAAUAA